AUGGCUUCCUCCGCAUUCAUCAUUAUCUCAAUACUAGCUGUAACUCUACCACCUCUCUUCUACCGGGUUGUCCGAUGGCUCCUCACGACGCGGCGUCCAGCAAACUUCCCCCCUGGCCCCCCUACACGCCUGGGCUAUGGCAAAUUCCACCAGAUACCGAAAACCUACAGUUUCGUCAAGGUGCACGAAUGGACCAAGGAUUAUGACCCCAUGACCGGCCUCAAGGUAGGAACACAGAAUGUGGUAUUGUUGAAUGAUGCCCGACUUAUUCAUGAAUUCUUGGUCAGGAGGGCAACUGCCGUCCAUGCUCGGCCCGAAGUGUACAUCGGCCAGGAGCACAUGCUAUCAGGGUUAUGGCGCGCCUACAGCUUGUUCUCGCCAGCUCACCAGAGUGAAAUGCUGCGUAGGCUGGCCAAGGAAUACCUCCUCGGCUCCGGGCUCCCCAGAUUGUCUCCCAUGCAGAAAGCUUCGGGGACACGGCUCCUCAGUAACCUGCUUGAUUCAUCUGACGAUGAGGGCCACAUCUUGAAUUGGAUUCUGUCAACACCCGUCUCGUUCGUGGCCGGGGUAGCUCUGGAGGAGCUGGAUGAGAACUGGAUACAGCAGUAUUACGGCGCACAGAGGUUGAUGCUGGAGCUUAUUGAUCCAGACCAGAACCUCGAUUUGAGUCAAAUCAAUCCAAACAAGCCGUUAAAUCAAGCAAAUCGGCUUGAUUUGGUAGUGACGCUGCCACCGGCCAAGUUCCAAGCAUAA